AUGGCGACUAGCACCAAUGGAUUCAAGGUCUUGUUGAUGGGCCGCGCAGGCGCCGGUAAGACGUCGAUGAAGUCCAUCAUCUUUGCGAACUAUCACUCGCGGGAUACCAAGAUGCUGCAGCCCACAAACCAUGUGGAGCACAAUUCGCUUCGCUUCUUGGGCAAUCUGAAGUUGAACCUUUGGGACUGCGGAGGCCAAGAUCAGUUCAUGGAGAACUAUUUCGAAUCUCAGCGUGAGAACAUCUUCCAGCACUGCGAGGUGCUGAUUUACGUCCUGGUGGCGGCACGUGACAAGAGCCUGGGUAACGAAGAGAGGAAGAAGGAUGUGGAAUACUUCAAGGCUGCCAUUGAGUCCCUGUCGCAACAUUCGCCCAAUGCCACCACUUUCGUCUUAAUUCACAAGUUGGAUUUGGUCCACGAGAGCAAGCGCUCGGAAGUCUACCGUCAAGUCAAGGAGGAACUCUUGACAGUGGCACCUCAGCAUACGCAGAAGCGCAUCACCUUCAUGGGAACUUCCAUUUGGGACGACACGCUCUUCAAAGCCUGGUCGAGGAUCGUUGCUGUUUUGGUACCGGAUCCCGAACUUCUACAGGACCAGGUGAACUUCAUGUGUCAACAGUUGAUGGCAGACGAGGUGGUGAUUUUCGAGAAGAAUACCUUUCUGGUGAUCACCAGGGCUCACACCAAGGAGAUGCAGGACCAGUACCGCUUUGAGAAACUCUCCAACAUCAUCAAACAGUACAAGCUCAGCUGCCAAAAAGCCAAGACCAAUUUCCGGAACUUCGUGGUGAAGAAUGACAGCUUCCGGGCCAUCAUCGAACCCUUCCUGACCCAUAGCUAUAUCAUGGUAGUGAUCUCCGACCUGAGUAUCACCUCUGCAGCCACCUCCGCCAACCUUUGGGCUGCACGCGCCUACUUCAGCGACAUGGUCAAGGCAGAUAUUGCCAUGGUGACCUGGAGGCGCAACGGCCUCAAGUACAGCUGCCGGGGCCACGUGGCGCAACGCCUGUGGCGACCUCUGUGGGAGGUGAGUGCAGUGCAACUGGCAAUGGCCUUGGGCCAAUUGCAGCAACUUGGGGCAGGAUCUCCAAUGGUUUCUCCAUGGCCCUACGGAAUGCCGCAGAUGUCUCCCAUGACUCCCAUGGCACCUCCACCGGCAGCUCCCUAUGCAGCUCCAGGUCCAGCUCCUAUGUGGUGGCCAGGUGAGCGGUCGGCGGUGUCGUCCCCUGGCGCGAACGUCAACGGUGUCAACGGGGUGAAUGCUGCUGUGCGCAAAGGAGGAGGACCAAAGAAGCGCAACCCGGAGGCCCCCAUAGGGGCAGCCGACAGCCAUUCGGGAGACACGCUGCGAAUGCAUCUGCGAUCAUUGUUGCAGGUGGAUUCCAGCCGUGUGUUGAUUGUUCGAAAGAUCAAUCGCUUGGGUUUCGCAUCACCUCAAAUUCUCAGGGAGCACUUCUCAUGGUAUGGAACUGUGGAGAAUGUGCUGGUGGCUCAUUCUCGAGUGAAGUCAGGUGGUGGUCAAGCGGGUAUCGUUUCCCGCCUGCGACCGUCUGGUCUUGGCUUUGUGGUGAUGAGCAAAGGGGAAGAAGCCUUGAAGAUUCUUGCUGAGGGACCCGAACAGCAAGUCUCAGGCACCAUCAUUCGGGUUCAGAAGUUUGAACGUCGCAUGAGCGAAUCUCCGGCGGGUCUCGAGGAACUUGAAGCCAAGGAGCAGGAGCAAGAGCCCUGCUCUGAAAGUCGCGCCAUGGGUGGAUAA